AUGAACAACACGGCCGUGGUGUUCGUUUCCCUCGUCGCAGCCUUCGUUUUCAUAUCUUCAGUUAACGCCGCCGCUCUCAAUAGAGAGAGGCGAGCUGUCGUUGAGAUAGAUGACCCUGACUAUGUGCUGGAACUACUGACAAGGCUCGGACACUCCAUUAUCAGGGCCAACGAGUUAGAAAAAUUCGUGCGUUCCUCCGGCAGCGCUAAGCGGGGACUGGACCUGGGCUUGGGCCGCGGCUUCAGUGGAUCCCAGGCGGCCAAGCAUCUCAUGGGCCUCGCUGCCGCUAACUUCGCUGGAGGACCUGGCAGGAGGAGGAGAAGCCCCGAGGACGCCCUUCCCAGCGUUCAUCGCCAAGACGAUAACGUCAUGCUGUACGACCACGAGCGCGCUCCCGUUGCCCCCGAAGCUCCUGUCAAUGCCGCCCCUGCUAUGGUCGAGACCACUGGAACACAGUCUCGAUAA